CAGGUGAAUAUCUCAUCAGGGAUAUCAUCAUCAUCUGUUAGAAAUUAUCAGAUGGAGCCCCCUUCAAACCAAAGUUAUCAUGGCUAUAAUUAUUUACCUCUAUGGCCAGAUGAAGUGAAGGUAAAUUUCUAUUUCACCUUCUAAUAUGUUUGUAGAAGAUAUAAGUUUAGUAGUUUUUGGUUGAUAGCUACUAUAUCUUGUUUGUUAAUGUAGAGGGUUGGCAUAAAAAGACCAUAUCCAUUCCCUCCAGAGUUCCCUCCUGUCCCUACAUUUCACUGCAAAUUUCCUCCGCGCUAUGAUGCCCCUAUGUCCACAGCAAAUUCAGACUCAAGAACUUAUCUUAAAAGGUUCGAUAUCUCUCCUGAAGUUAGCGUUGUUUUAGUAGUUGAGUACUCACCUCUAACGAGUCUCGUUGAUCAACUUGUCAGAGAAGUUCCUUUAAAAUCAAGGAAUGUUGUUGGACAAAAUAGAGCUCUCAAUGGAGAUUUUCUCACAUUGGCUCCUCCUACAGCUGUUGGUGCAGUAAAUCAGCAAGUUUUUCCUAAUAUAGCCCCUCAGAAUAUCGAGCUGUUUAAAUUCGAGACUCUACCCUUUCAAGAAGUUUCUGAAGAGCCUAGCACUAGGUCAAGCCUAAACAGAUCAGUUCAACAACGCGUUUUCAGAUUCUUCCCACCUCCGAACGUGCAAAUUGGCCAACCAGGAAACACUCAUGGUGAAGUAGGAGGAAAAGUUGAUCUCAAUCUGAAGCUAUAGAAGUUUAUUCCAUGCCAUAUGAUAUAUCCUGGAGAGAUGGUUUGUUAAGUAUAGAGGUAAAAAAACAUUACUUCUAAACUGCAGUAGUAGAUAAUUAUAAAAUGAAAAAGAUGCCUUGAACAUGGUGUUUCACAAUGAAAAAAAGAUAUAGUUGUUUGACUAUAGUUUUAUUACUUGAACAUGUCUUUCAAGUAGUUUAUGGAGUCUUUUGCAGUGAAAAGUGUAAUGGAAGUCAUUUUUUUGCAUGUAACAAUCGAAAACAUCAGAAGAAUAACAGGCUUGUCUUAAACAAAGGAUGUGUUUCAUGGCCUUAAAUCUGUUCUUGAUUCAACACACUUCCAUUGUAGUGUCUGAGUAGAUACUGUUACUUUCUCUCGAACUAUAGUACUAUUAUUUGAUAAAUAUGUGUAUCCGUGCACGUGUGUGUGUGAGAGAGAGAGAGAGAGAGACUGAGAAUGCAACAGCAAUAGGCUUAACAUCAAUGGACAUGUAUGUAUAUCUGGAAAACUAAAAAUCCAAUACAUAAUAAACAUAGUAUUUGGAAUUUCAAAUUACAUGUAAAAACAAGGUUUCUCAGCUCUGGGAAGAGCAAAUUGAGAUUUAUAAUCAAGAAGUUUUGACACAUUCAAGACGACUGAUGUGCACUGCUGCUCAAAAUAUACACACCAACUCUGAUCUUUGUUCCAUACAAUGAUCGAUCUAUGACCAACCAAAGACGUAGUCAAGAACAUACACGAGUACAAGGGAGAAUGG